CAACUGCGUGACAUCGACAAUAUGCAACUCAUCUGGCUAGCCGUUGGAGCAGCAAUCAUUGCCAUUUUCCUCCACCUUUUCAACACCUGGUGGCAUCUAAGACACAUCCCGGGACCUUUCCUCGCUAGCAUUACCAACCUCCAAAGAGUCUGGUGGGUAAAAACUGGCCGCGCUCAUCUUUAUCACCAGGCGGUCCACGCCAAAUAUGGGGAGGUCGUACGCAUCGGACCUCGCCUAGUAUCCUUCAGCAAUCCUGAGGCCAUUUCGUCAGUUUAUCCCAUUCGCCCUGGGUUCCCUAAGAGUGACUUUUACGCCACACUCCGUCCCUAUACGCGAGAGCGCGGCCCCAUGCUCGCCGUGUUCAAUACGCAGAACGAGCAGAUACACAAGCAAAUCAAAAGUCCCAUUGCACCGCUCUUCUCCCUCUCCAAUGUAGUCAUGUUUGAGGGUCUGGUUGAGGAAGUAUUGUCAUGUCUCUCAGAGCAAUUCGACACUCGCUUCGUGGAUACAGGUAAGACAUUCGACUUCGGUGAAUGGCUGCAGUAUUUCGCAUUUGAUGUUAUGGGAACUAUGUCCUUUUCGAGAAGGUAUAGUUUUCUGGAGCAAGGUCGUGAUGUAAAUGGGAUGUUGGAUGCAAUAUUUCUGUUUAUGAAGACGGCCGCACCGAUGUCACAAAUUCCAUGGGCCGAUCCUUGGAUCUACAAGAAUAGAUUUGUCAAUAGCCUCCGCAGGACACCUGCAAUGUCCAUCCUGGGGUUUGUUGAUAGGGUCAUUCGCGAACGGCUAAAUAAUCCUGACCAUGCCAAGCGUGAUAGUCACAGGGACUUUCUAGCUCGCUUUCUGGAGAUCCAAGAUGCGAACUCGAGUGUGCCACCGUGGGCCUCAACCGCCUGGACAUUCUCAAAUGUCAUCGCUGGCUCGGACUCUGUCGGAACCGUGAUGCGGACUAUUCUGUGUGAACUCAUAACAGCGAAUCUCACCCUCCCCUACCCGAAAUGGAACGAAGUCUGCGACCUCCCUUAUCUCGAUGCUUGUAUUCAAGAAGCUGUCCGUCUGCACCCCCCUUUUGCACUUGUCCUCGAGCGUGUUGUCCCUGCUGGCGGCGUCACAGUCCUGAAUCACUAUCUGCCUGAAGGAACUUUAGUCGGUGGGAACCCCUACGUGGUAAAUCGACACGCGGAAACAUUUGGGCCCGAUGUCGAGGAGUGGAGGCCCGAGAGAUGGCUUGAGGGGGAAGGGCGCAAGAGGCUCGAGCAGAGCGUUCUUACGUUUGGUGCCGGACGGCGUGUCUGUCUUGGCAAGUAUAUUGGGAUACUUGAACUGAAAAAAUUGGUUCCCUUCUUGGUGUUAAAAUACGAUAUGAAGAUCAUUGAUCCUGAGAGGUUUUCGGUGGAGAAUGGCUUUUUCUUCAAGCAGCGCGGGUUUUAUUGCAAUAUUACGAGACGGAAGGAGGGAUCAGACCGGGACAAGGCGGAUUCAAAGUAG